UCAGCGGUCACACUGAAGCACUGUUAUCUCUUGGCAUUGAAUCCACUUUCUUCGGCAAAAACCCCAUUGUUUAUUGUUCCAUUUACCGCCUUACACUCAUCCCUCCUUCAGGGUUGACAUGGAAACGAAGCGGAUGACCGCCUGCAUUUAGUGACCAGCCAGCGACGAGCGAUGACCGUUUGGGGCAUAGAAGCCAUUACACUGAACUACGGCUCGUCGGCAAAGGAAAGUGGGGAUUACCUACCGGGAAAAGGUGAAAUACUGGUGAUUCCCGAAGCGGGAGCAAUGAAUUCCGUGGAGCGCUAUCGACAGGAGUGGCAGCAGCUGCUGGAAAAUCUCGAUGCCGAACCAGAAAGACUUCGGCAAUCAGCAUUUGCCGGGGACCUAAAGAUGUCGAAAUUUCGGAGCGUUCACUGGGCCCUUCUCUUGCGUGUCCUAACCUCGGAGCACCGGAGCUGGGUGAGUCAGCGUCUCCAGCAGAGAGUGAGGUAUGACAAGUUCCGGGCUGAUUACGUCCGGAAUCCCCAUCAACUUGCUGUAGACUGCAACGAUGAUCCGCUGUCCCAGUCCACGCAAAGCGUUUGGAAUCAGUACUUCAGCGACCAGGAGCUCUUCGCCGUCAUUCGCCAGGAUGUGGUGCGCACCUUUCCGGGCGUAGACUUCUUUCGGAAGCCUCUGGUCCAGAACGCCAUGGUCAACAUACUUUUCUACUAUGCAAGGGAGCACCCCUACAUGUGCUACCGUCAGGGAAUGCACGAGAUCCUGGCGCCCAUAAUUUUCGUGGUUUACAGCGAUCACCAAUCGCUUCUGCAUUUCAGCGAGCUGGCCAAGACGGAUAUCAAUCCAACACUGCUUGACGUCCUUGAUCCAGCUUAUCUAGAGGCAGAUACGUAUUCUUUGUUCUCCCGCCUCAUGGCCUCCGUAGAGUCGUACUAUCGCGUCUCAAAUCUGGUCUCCACACCCGGUGGCCAUAUCGAACAGCGAGCCGAGAGCCCCGGGGAUAAUGAGAGGCCGGCAGAGGCGGAGGUUAUCGGCCAGCUGAACUUCAUACGGGACAAAAUACUCGCCAAGCAGGACCAGCACUUGCAUCACUAUCUUCAAAAAAUGGAAAUUCCACUGCACAUAUUUGGCAUCCGAUGGCUACGACUUCUCUUUGGACGGGAGUUCAUGCUAUUGGACCUGUUGCUGCUGUGGGAUGCCAUCUUCGCGGACAGCGAUCGAUUCGACCUGCCGAACUACAUUUUGGUGGCCAUGCUGGUGCACAUUCGUGAUAAGUUGCUUCUAAGCGAUUACACCACAUCGUUGACGUAUCUAAUGCGCUAUCCGGGCAAUGUGGACGUUCAUCUGGUGCUGCGACAUGCCUUAUUUAUGCUUAACCCCAAGCAAUUCGAGUAUCCCUCGAACGCUUUCACUUGUGUUUCAUUCACCGACAACAAGGAAAUGCCUCCCCCUGUCAAUCAACGCCCGCGCACUUUCUCUGACACCUCCGCUAUGGCCACUGGUAGCAGUCAGAUGGAUCGGCAGAUCACCUAUAUGCAGGAGCGCAAUGCUGCUGAUUCUUCGGCUCUGGCCAAACUACAAGAUACCCAUCGCGUGGCCAUGGAUGGAUAUUUAGAGAAUAGUCCCGAGCUACUCCGACUGGAGCUGAAGAAUGCCCAAACUGUUAUCAAGAUAGCGAGAAGCAAGUUGCAGAAUUAUCUGAGCACUGUACGGCAUCACGUUGGAAAGCAAGCUAAUGGGAACGAGGAGCUCAGUCGAACGCUCGACGGAAUCGAGGAGCUGUGCAGCUUUCUCGAUGUUAAGUUCAUGUUCCCGCUACAUGCCCGAUCAGCUCCUAUCGACCAGGCUUUGGAAGCCAAUGAGCAGAAACAGCUGAACACAAUUAGUAUACCACCAAAGGCAACGCCUGUUUCCACUCCUGCUACUGCACCUGUUGCGCCCGCUGCAACCGGCAACUACCAGAUGCCCGAGAAUGCCUUUAUGCACAGUUCUAUGCGACGGCUCCUUGGAGAACUGCGAGAAAUCGAGCUAUCCACGAUAACGAGCGACGAGAAGCCUGGCGCUGCGGUGCUCCAAAAUGGAUUGCCAGCUGCGGAGCCCCAACAGCGGCAUCAUAAAGAAUUGAGUUGAUCACAAGAUCCACUCCUAACGACUGAACUUGAAUUUAGACUUAAACAGAAAAGAACCACAAAGUGGCUAAAUCGGGAUAUUUGAAGAAUUAAACUAAAUUAAAUUAAAA